UAUAAAGCUGGCAUUGGCUGCUGACCUGAAAUCAUAGAAAGGAAGAAGGCAAGACAACAUGUCGUCCAUCUCCUGGUGCUGGUUAGUCUGUGUUCUGGUGCUGCUGGGUCAAGCUGGGGCCAAACGAACUGGAAGUAGAGUUAAGAGAGCUGCGUGCGGCGAUGGUCAUUAUGCGUGCUCCAACGGUCAGUGCAUCCAGGAGGAGUGGCUGUGUGACACUGGAGAACGACUGCGGUAACAACGAGGAUGAAGUGGGUUGCCCUACUGACUGCACAGGAGAACAUCAGGUGAAGUGUGCUAACGGCCGUUGUGUCCCCCUGGAAUACAGGUGUGAUGGUGACAACGACUGCGGCGACACAACCGAUGAGCAAGGAUGUGACACGUAUCAAUGCUCACAAAAUGAAAUCAAAUGCCCCAAUCAUGUCAUCUGUUUCGACACUGAGUUUCUGUGUGAUGGCACGAAGGACUGCCCGGAUGGGUGGGACGAGGUUCGUGCCAACUGCCCAACCUCUACAGGGAGCGGGUAGGACCAACAUCAUACAUGUAGACUGAAACUCUAGGCUACUUUAGGCAACUCUAUGCUACUCUAGGGAACUCUAGCCUUUACUUAUAUGUACAAAAGACUACGUACAUGCUUAAUUAAUUUGUAAUAAAAUUCUUGUAAGAUACAGAGAACGAAAAACAACAACAAUAAAAUAAUCGUUGGUGGAAACCAGA